GUUAAACUACCCUCGCGCUUGCGGAUACUUAUAUAUAUAUGUCCAUGCGAUCCGCCACGCUGCUCGCUUUGACCAGUAUGGCGGCGGCGGUGGCCACUGAUUCGCAGGGGUGUGCGACCAACUUUAGCCAGUGCAAUGGCCAGAACUGGCCCCACGGUGUAUGCUGUGUUGACCCGUCCUUUACCUGCCAACAAGUGACGCAGCACCUGUCCCUGUGCGCCCCCAAACAACCCCCUGCCGUUCGGGUCCCAUGGUACGGCCAGUGCGGGGGGUUGGCGUGGCGGGGGCCCGUCGAAUGCGUCGACGGAUCGUCAUGCCUACUCGUCAACGAUUACUACAGCCACUGCUUUCCCCAGACGGCGCGUCCUAGUACUACUGCUAGUACUACUACUACUAGUACCCCCACGCAAACCACGGCGACUACAACAGCGUCCCCAGUGAUCGACGAUAGCCCCACCGACUGCGACGAUGACAAUACCGUCCGGGAUGGAUCAUCGGAUUCAUUCCAAAACGAAGACGGGCUUCUGACCAACUUAACCCCCGACGAAAUCAACGCCCUCAACAACGCCACGUAUUUAGACGCGAGUUUCUUGGGGCCAUAUGCCCAAUGCGGGGGGCUCCACUGGGCAGGCCAGACGGUGUGCGUGCAAGGGUUUUACUGCCGAUCUCAAGAUGACUACUUCUCGCAGUGCGUUCCAAUCCCAGACCUCCCCGGCGUCCCCACCUACGGUCAGUGCGGCGGCAAGUACUGGACCGGCCCCACCGAGUGCCAAGUGGGCACAAAAUGCAUAGUCGACUCGGAAUGGUAUGCGCAAUGCCUCCCCACGGCGUACUAAGUUUGCCCACCAUAUACAGUACCAAUGUCUAUAAAGCAUGCAUGCAUUUCCUUCUUGUAUUCGAGUAACAGUGACACUGUUCAAAUGUGCACACCACAUUGUGAAACAGC